AAAUAAAAACCGAAAGAAAAUAGAAAAUUAAUAAUAUAAAUAAAAUGCAUUAUCAUUAUUAUCCUUUUUUUUUUUUUAAAAAAAAUUAUACUAUAUUUCCACUUUCAUUUUUCCUCCCUUCCCAGUUUCCACCAAAGAGCCCCACCCACAGAAACCAGAGUUAAGUCGCCGUCCAUAAAACUCCUUUCAAGUUUCAACCUUACUUGGCACCGCCACGAGCUAGAUCCAUCCGUCCCUACUCCCAGCUCGGUUUCCCAUCAGAGUUUUCCAUCUCUUCACAAUUCACAUGGAAACUCCCUACCCCCAACCCAUUACCGCCACCAAGACCCGCGUUGGCUGGAUCGGCAUUGGCGUCAUGGGCUCCGCCAUGGCCUCUCGCCUACUCUCCGCCGGCUACUCACUCACCAUCUACUCCCGCACCCCAUCAAAAGCCUCUUCUCUACAAUCCCAAGGCGCCCGCCUCGCCCCCUCCCCCGCCGACGUAGCCCGCUCCUCCGACGUCGUCUUCACCAUGGUGGGACGCCCGCAAGAUGUUCGUUCAAUUGUCUUUGACAAUGAGGGCAUUCUAUCGGGGCUGAACCCCGGCGCCGUCUUCGUCGAUCACACCAGCAGCCACCCCAGUCUCGCCAAAGAGAUAUUUGCCGCCGCCCUUGAAAGGGGUUGCUGGGCUGUGGACGCCCCCGUCUCCGGCGGUGAUAUUGGGGCGAGGGAGGGGAAGUUGGCCAUCUUAGCGGGCGGCGAUGCUGGGGUGGUGAAGUGGCUGUCGCCGUUGUUCGAAGUUAUGGGGAGGGCGACUUUUGUGGGCGGCGCCGGGUGCGGUAUGAGCUGCAAGAUUGCGAACCAAAUCGCUGUGGGAGGGAACUUGGUUGGGUUGAGUGAGGGGUUGGUGUUUGCGGGGCGGGCGGGUUUGGAUGCGAGGCAGUUCUUGGAGGCGGUGAGGGGUGGAGCGGCAGGCUCAAUGGUGAUGGAGUUGUUUGGGGAGAGAAUGAUAGGGAGAGACUUUAGGCCGGGCGGGUUUGCAGAGUAUAUGGUGAAGGACUUGGGGAUGGGUGUGGAUGUGGUGGAGCACGGGAAGGAUGAGAAGGUGGGGGUGUUGCCUGGAGCUGCUCUCUGCAAGCAACUGUUUUCAAGCAUGGUGGCCAAUGGAGAUGGGAAGCUUGGCACUCAAGGCCUCAUUAGCGUUAUAGAAAGGAUAAAUGGCAUGUAAGGCCCUCUUAUUAAUGUUUGGAGUAUGCUGCUGGAAUUGAAAGUGAGAUAAUGUAAGUUAAAUAAUUUGGGAGAGCUGGGAAUUGGGGCUCGGAGUGUUUUGUGUCAUUUUGUUCAAUUGGAGCUAAGAUGUGUGAUAAAAACAAAAUGAUGGAUGGAUGGAUGUAUUUACUUUUUUAAUUAUUUAAGUGGAAGUUAAUGGUUGAAACCA